GAGAAGGAGCUACAGCUGAAGUUUCCUCAUCUUUUGUGAUUCUGUCUAUAAGUGCUCUAGUAGUACUGAUAAUACUGCUUGCAAACUGUGCUUCCUGCUGUAAAGACCCUGAGAUAGAUUUCAAGGAAUUUGAAGAUAACUUUGAUGAUGAAAUAGAUUUUACACCUCCAGCAGAAGAUACUCCAUCUGUUCAGUCUCCAGCAGAAGUGUUUACUCUUUCAGUUCCCAAUAUUGCUUUACCAACUCCCUCCCAGUUUCCAUCUCGUUCAGAUGGAUCGAAGUCUCAAGUUGCACGUCAGAGUCUAAACUACAUCCAGGAAAUUGGAAAUGGCUGGUUUGGAAAGGUUCUGCUUGGAGAGAUCUACACAGGCACUAGUGUAGCAAGGGUAAUAGUAAAGGAGUUGAAGGCAAGUGCAGGUCCCAAAGAGCAAGAACAGUUUAUAAGAAAUGGAGAACCGUACUACAUUCUUCAGCAUCCAAACGUUCUCCAGUGUAUUGGGCAGUGUGUGGAAGCCAUUCCUUAUCUCCUAGUUUUUGAGUUCUGUGACUUGGGUGACCUAAAAACUUACAUCUGCAAUGAGGAGGAACGCAUUAAAGGAGACUCACAAAUAAUGCUGCUGCAGAGAAUGGCAUGUGAGAUUGCUGCUGGACUUGCUGUAAUGCAUAAACAUAACUUUGUGCAUAGUGACUUGGCCUUACGGAAUUGCUUUCUUACAUCCGAUUUAAAUGUCAAAGUAGGAGAUUAUGGUAUAGGAUUCAGUAGGUAUAAGGAAGAUUAUAUUGAGACAGAUGAGAAGAAACUUAUUCCUCUCCGAUGGACUGCACCUGAGUUAGUAACAAGUUUUCAAGACAGACUGUUAUCAGCAGAGCAAAAUAAAUACAGUAACAUAUGGUCCCUGGGGGUAACGUUAUGGGAGCUGUUUGAGAAUGCUGCUCAGCCUUACUCAGACUUUUCUGACAGGGAAGUCCUAACCCAUGUCAUAAGGGAGAAGCAGGUUAAACUCUUCAAGCCACACCUGGAGCAGCCAUACUCUGAUAGAUGGUAUGAAGUUCUGCAGUUCUGUUGGCUACCUCCAGAAAAGAGACCAACAGCAGAAGAAGUACACAGACUUUUAACUUACCUUCGCAUGCAAAGCCAAAGGGACUCAGAGAUUGAUUUUGAACAGCAGUGGAAUGCUCUUAAACCAAACACCUCAAAUAGAGAAACAAGUAAUUCUGCGUUUCCAAUCUUGGAUCACUUUGCAGGAGAUAGACUUGGCCAUGAGAUGGAGGAAGUUCUUACUGUAACUGAAACAAGCCAGGGUCUCAGCUUUGAGUAUAUCUGGGAGGCAGCUAAACAUGAUCAUUUUGAUGAAUGUGGUCAUGUGAAUCCUGAUGAAGCAAUGACAUACGCAAGUGUUUUCUUUCCAGUGGAGGUUUUUGAGAGGUCACUUUCAGAGCAAGGGUCAGGAGCACAGAAUGCAAGUGGCCAGGAAGCAUCACUUGCUGUCCCUGGGGUGUUACCUGUGUUUGAUGCACAUAAGCUUUCUGUCGGAAAUGACUACUAUAUCCAAUUAGAGGAAAAAGGAAGUGGCUGCAGCAUGAAUUUUGAUAAUCAGUCACUUGUACUAACUACAGAAGUUGAUCAUCAAGAAGCUGUACAAGAAAAAAGUUCUCAUUUCACAGUUCUCAGGGAUCUUGAUGUUGAAGAAUCUAGUACAGAUGGGGACUUCUUCCACUACAAUACAGAUCCUAAAGAGGAGUUUUUGCCUCCUACUAGUAGUCCAGAAAGCCCUUUCCUGAAUAUAUUUAAUGACAUUGACAGAUCAGAAGAAUUGGCAAACAGAAAAAUACUUGGUUUUGCUGAAACAAAUGAUAUUCCUAAGAACUUUAAACCAGUUGUUUUAAACUCAAACACAGAUGCUAGGAAGGCAGUAAGUCUUUCUGAAAAGGAGCAUUCUAGUCGUGCUUCUGAAAAUGAAACAGUUUCCUUAUGUGAAAAUAUCUCUAACCAGUCUGACUUGGCAACUUUAGAAGAACUUUCUGAUAACUUCUUGUUUCUUCAGGAGAAGAACUUAUUAUCGGGAUUACUGUCUAAGAAAACCAGCGGUGAUUUUGGGCAAAAAACAGAUUAUGUUCUAAAAAGUGUAUUAGAAACCUCAAAUAGAAACUCUGUAGACCCUGAGCCUGUGCUGGCUGAAAAUGCACAGGUUUUUUCUUUAAUACAUGAAAGUCUUAAAACAGUGAAAGAUGAAAAUUCUAACCCGGUGACAAUGAAUAAAGAUCCAAAUUCUCAGUCUCAGACUACUAUAGAAGUGCAGGCAUCCUCUAGUCCAUCUACAGCAUGGAAGUCAUGUGAUAAAUGUACAAAUCCUUCACAUUUGAAGGAUGAGGGAAAACUUUUAAAUGUGGAAGUCAAUGAAGUCAUGUCAUGUAACACUGAUACUCUCUGUCGAGAAGAGCUGUCUAGUAAUGCCAAAAAUAAUAAUGUUGAAAACAGCCCAUAUUAUGGUGUUGCUGUUGAAACAGCUGAGUGUGAUGCACAAAUAAAACAGGGAAUGCUUUCCAACUAUGAUGAAAUAGCUUUUAAUAGAGAAAAAUGUAGCGAUCAGGAAGAUGUGCAAAGAAACUUGCGAGAUACAUCUCCCAUAUUAAAAAGAGAUGAAUGUUUAGUGGAGGAAAGACAAGAAACAUCGGAUCAUUUUGAGAACUGUAAGAAUGUUCCAGAAGAUGUGACCUCAGUUUCUGUUGCUACUUCAGAUUGCACAAGUCAGGAUAGUCUUUUGGAAGACAACUCAUCUCCUAUACAAACUGUAGAACAAGUCUUAGACACACCUGAUUCUUUGGAUUCUUUAGAUGUAAAUGAGGUUUUAGAAUCUUUACAGGCUCAAAGCCCUCAGAAACUUCUGCCACCUGAUAAACCUGCUGACAGUGGCUAUGAAACAGAGAACCUGGAAUCUCCAGAAUGGACUUCCCAUAUCACUGUUGAGGAUGCUUCUAGUGUAGAUACUGCUCUCUGUGUUGUCAGCGAGAGCAGUGUCAGUGAUUUACCUUCUAAUCCAGUCAUAAUUGUUUCAGAAGCAGCAGCUGGUUUAGACGCAGUGAACAGCAAUCUUGAAACAACCCCAAAGGUUUUUCUGGGGGGAAAUCAGAACUCUUACAGAGACUCUGCCUAUUUCUCUGAUAAUGAUUCUGAGCCAGAUAAGAAAACAGAAGAGACUCUUAAUCUGUCAGGAGAGACUACAGGUGUUGUUUCUUCUAAUAGAGGAGAGAAUAAUACUGAAGAGGAUUACAGUUUUGAAGAGAGACAGCAGAACUGUGAUGUAAGGAAUUACCAGGAUACCGAUAAUCAAAAUGCAAAACUAGAACUAAAUCACAACUUAGAGAUCCCAGGGAUGGAUGUAAGGAGGCAGGGGUGUCCUGAUGAGUGGGCUGAGGCAACUCUGAAUUCCGUGGAGAUAUCGAUGGACAGUAACCUAAGGGAUGAAAUAAAACUAUCUGAGAAUUCCUGUAAAACUGUCUCUUGUGUUGGCACUAAUACUUCAGAACUUCUUUCACACAGAGACUUAAAGUCUGUGCAUAACAUACACAGUCCUUUAGAUCUGAGUAACAGUGAGAAGUCCUUCUAUCACAUUGAAGGACAAAAACUCAAAGAGCCAGAUAUUGAAGGAAAAUACCUUGGAAAACUUGAUGUUUCUGGAAUGCUUGAUUUAGAAGAUGGUGAUGAUGCAGAUGAGGAAGAUGAGAACAGUGAUUCUGAGGAUGACAUGAGGACUUUUCAUAUGCAUAGUCUGAGUUCUGACAGUGAAGAUGAAACUGUUCAUCAAGUACCUGAGAUAAUUACUGACAAGGAUGAUGGAAAACAUCUGAGAAGCUUGUUGAAACUUCCAACACCUCUUGAUGAGAGGCAAGAUGAGCCUUGGAAAAAUGAGAAAAAGGCUGUAACGUUCUUUGAUGAUGUGACAGUCUAUUUGUUUGAUCAGGAAAUGCCAACCAAGGAGCUGGGAAACCAUGCAGUAGACUUGAAUGGAGAAGACUCUUGCAGCACUCCUGCUCCACCUUCGAGUUUUAGUUACUUAAAUAGAUUUGCAAAUUCAGAAAGCUCAACAGAUGAAGAAGGCGGGGGUUUUGAAUGGGAUGAUGACUUCUCUUCUCCAGAGCCAUCCUUUAUGUCAAAGGCAGCUAAUAGUCUUACUAGUUCUAAAUCACCUCUUCAGUCAUCAAAGUAUUUCUCUCCACCUCCACCUUCCCGGACUCUCGAUCAGAACUGGUCACAUACAUCCCCUUAUUCCAGAUUCUCUAUCUCUCCUGCAAACAUGGCAAGCUUUUCUCUUACACAUCUUACAGAUUCAGAUAUAGAGCAAGGAGGAAGCAGUGAAGAUGGAGAAAAAGAUUAAAUUUAAACUUCCUCGGACUACAUACGGAAAACACACAGACUUUGUGUCUAAAACUUCUUCAUCUCUGGAUCCUCCUGAAGUAACGCAGGUAAUCAAAAAGUACUAAGAAAUGAAAGUAAACACUGAAAGCAAUGUUAAAUCAGGACAUUAAUUUGAAUGUGUAUUUAACUUUGUAAUGUAUUUUUAAAUCAGUGCAAUUUUGCUUUUCAUUGAAAGAUUAUUCUGCCGCUGUUUUCAAGUACUUGAAGUAUUUUUCAGAUAACUUAAACAAGUAAAGCAAUUACACUACAGUCUGGUUUAUGUAUGAGAUUGUAUAAUAUUCUUUUUAUAUUUUUCCAUGUAGUUCAUUAUCUAUUUGAACAUACACCUGUUGUAGAACUGUGUAUAACUGUCCUGUGCAACAGGUGGCUGUGUUGCUGAAACCGUAUGGAUAAUAGUUGAUCAGUAGUGAGCCAUAUUUAUU